UAUCGCCAUUGUUCAUUUGUUCUUGAAAUACCCACUCCUAGGGUUUAAGGAAGAGAGAGAAUUGAGUAAAGCUGAAAAUGGCGGAGACAAUCUCGUUAAUGGAUAUUGACGAUGACAAAAUUGACACGAAACUAAACAAGGGUAAAAACAUAGUCUUUUCAAGCUCCAGUGCAGAACCGAAAUCAGUUCCUUGGGUCGAAAAGUUUCGUCCUCAGUCUCUAUCUGACGUUGCUGCUCAUCGCGAUAUUGUUGAAACAAUUGAUAGGCUUGCAAGUAGUAAUCGGUUGCCGCAUUUGCUGCUUUAUGGACCUCCUGGAACUGGAAAGACUUCUACAAUUCUUGCUCUUGCUCGGAAGUUAUAUGGGUCUCAGAUGCACAAUAUGGUUUUAGAGCUGAAUGCCUCUGAUGAUCGUGGUAUUGACGUGGUGCGCCAGCAGAUUCAGGACUUUGCUAGUACUCAGAGCAUCUCAUUUGGUGCAAAGUCAGCGGUGAAGUUAGUAUUAUUGGAUGAAGCAGAUGCAAUGACAAAGGAUGCACAGUUUGCUCUGCGUCGAGUGAUUGAGAAAUAUACAAGAAACACUAGGUUUGCCUUGAUAUGUAACAAUGUCAACAAGGUUAUUCCUGCCCUACAAUCACGAUGUACACGAUUUAGGUUUGCUCCACUCGAUGCAGUUCAUGUUUCUGAGCGGCUGAAACAUGUUAUUGAGGCUGAACUGCUUGAUGUCCCUGAGGGUGGUUUAAAGGCACUUGUACGAUUGAGCAAUGGUGACAUGCGAAAAGCUUUAAACAUUUUGCAGUCAACACACAUGGCUUCUCAGCAGAUUACAGAAGAUGCUGUCUAUCUGUGCACUGGAAACCCAUUGCCCAAGGACAUUGAGCAGAUUUCUUACUGGCUUCUGAAUGAACCCUUUGCUAUUAGUUGCAAACGAAUAUCGGAAAUCAAGACACGAAAAGGGUUGGCUAUGGUUGAUAUCGUGAGAGAAGUAACCAUGUUUGUCUUCAAGAUUAAGAUGCCAGCAGAUGUUCGAGUUCAGCUGAUCAAUGAGAUGGCCGAUAUUGAGUAUAGGUUGACUUUUGGUUGCAAUGAUAAGUUGCAGCUUGGAUCACUGAUUGCUGCUUUUACACGAACAAGAUCCGCACUUGUUGCAGCUGCAAAUUAAUCAUGUUGGACAACCUGGUGGCUUGCCCCCCCAGCUGAAAAAUUUGCAAUGUUUUAAGAUUCUGCGCUUGAAUCUAGGUUUUAAAGCUUCUUGAUGUAGUAUUGUAGAAAAGAUCUCCCAAAUGUAAAGUGCAAUAUUGUUCCAAGUGCUUUGCCGUUCUUGCACAUUGUAGCUAAAUUUUAUUUAAAAGCUUUGCUCUGUUUUGAGGUUUGUUUUUCCA